AUGCGUCACGUGUUCUCGCCUUCGGACAUGGGCAUCCCGUCGGGCCGCUACCGGAUCUACUUGGUGUGCGUGAAGAUGGCCACUGCGAGGUGGACAUCCCCUCUGGAGCUUAAGGACCUCCUCAAGACGACCGUGCACCGCAAGUGCGAAUUCCCCGCCUCUGCUUAUUUCAGGGCCUCGGAGGAGAUGGAGAGGAACUACAUCACCAAGCUUGCUGCGUCAAGGGGUCUCGACAGCACUGGCCUGUCGCACAAGCACGUGGUCCCCUCCGGCAACCGCAAGAGGGCGAAGAUGUUCGUGGAGUUGGCCAAGCAGAAGCUGGGCCCCCUGGCGUCCGGGGGGGUGCCUGACGCGUGCUGUGACCUCAUGCAGUACCCAUCCCGUUCUCAGUUGUCGAGAACCUCGCCAGCUCUGACUCAGAGGAACAUCGUCUACAGCCUGAAGAAGGGUCGCCCCAUGAUAGCGCUCGAGCGGCUGGGGGCGAUGGGCUUGCCUAUUCUCUCCUUCGAGCCGGAUCUGAUCGACCGCUACCCGUUCACCGUUCCAAUCGAGUCGAUUCUCGAGGAGUCUGAGAUCGAGAAGAUGAUGGGCAACGGAAUGCAUGCUGCGGCUGUUGGCGUGAUCAUCCUGGCGUCCCUGGCGAACGUCAGCAUCCUGCAUGACGCAGACUAG